UGGUGGGCUUGCCAUUUCUGCCACAAUCCUUAGCCAUCCAUCCCUAUUAUAUACCUCCAUCCUCCUCGCUCCUUCCAUUCACACAAAUCAGUCGCAGCACUCUCACUCGCCGGAGGCCAUCCACACCCCCAAGAGCUCAGCUCAGCUCAGGUCGCCGUGCUCUAGCCAAUGGAGGCCACAGCCGGCACCUAUGACGACGACUAUGUCCUCAACCUGUCGCUGACGCUGGGGCCCACCUCGCCGCCUCCUGACCAUGCUGCCGCAAUCCCGGCUUCUGGUGGUGGCGAUGGAGCCGCCGCCGCCGGCGGCGGCGGCAGAGGUGGUGUGAGGCUCUUCCCUUGCCUCUUCUGCAACAAGAAGUUCCUCAAGUCGCAGGCGCUAGGGGGGCACCAGAAUGCGCACAAGAAGGAGAGGAGCGUUGGGUGGAACGCUCACCUCUACCUCCCCGCGGAGACAUCCGCCGCCGCCGUCCCCGGCAUGGUUGUUGCGCCGCCGAUCAGCCAAGCAGAUCCUAUGGCGGCGGCGGUGCCGAUCAAGGUCUCGCACUCGUGCCGCUCCUCUCAACGUGCGCACCUCGACGACACGGCGGCGAUGCUCGGAGGGUCUCGCAACGCCGCUGAUGGCGGUGAUGGAUCGCGGUGGUGGUACGACGCGGAGGGCGAGAGGCAGAAGCAGAGGCAUGUUGAUCUCAACCUCAAGCUCUAGCUACGUACGAGUUAUUAGUUGCUCAUGCUGGAAUGCUGGAUGCGUGAUGAGGUAUUUAUUUUUUUGUACUUUGGAUUUCUCUUUAUUUCUUUCUUUUUGUUGCUUUAUUUUAACUAGCUAGUGUGUAAAGUACGUCCCUCUGCCGAUUGUACAACGGCUUAUUGUAAUAUUCUCAAGCUGUUGUACAGUGGCAUAUGAUCGAUGCGCUGCUGCCUCUGUAGUCUCUACUGUCCUGGCUGCUGGGGUUGCAGUUUGUUGGCCCAGAGAAGUGUGGAAAUAACACUUUGGAACACGUUUAUCUUUUUGGUGCCA